AUGACCCCCACCAGCACCCAGCACCUCUCCUCCGGACCAUACCCCUCCCAAUCCACGAGGUACUGCAGGCCCCUCACCCGACGCCUAGAGUCCAGGAUGGAACAGGGGGCGGACGGACCUCCCGCACCGCAAGAUCCUGCAGUGGACCAGCUUCAGGGCACCUCCCUGAAGCUUCACCCCUGUGCUUUCUUUUCGAGGAAGCUCAGUCCGGCGGAGCGAAACUAUGAUGUGGGGGACCCGGAGUUCAGACCACCAAAAGCAGUUUUCGCCUCUGCCAACCACCGCAAACGCACCGGUCCCCCCUUCAGCAGUGAGUUUCGCUCCGCCGGACUGAGCUUCCUCGAAAAGAAAGAGCAGGGGCAAAGCUUCAGGGAUGUGCCCGAGCACUCUGAUGGCACAGCUCCAACACCGGACUCGUCCACCUCCACUAUGAAUGCCAAAGAGGGGUCCAGAUGCGCCAAUACGGGAAAUCGCCACCGUCUCCUCCUGCAACAGGGCAUACACAUGGAGGACCGAAUGUACCACUGUCCCAGAGAUUCAGUGACAUGUCUCCAUAGCCACCGUCUCCUCCUGCGACAGGGCAUACACAUGGAGGACCGAAUGUACCCCUGUCCCAGAGAUUCAGUGACAUGUCUCCAUAGCCACCGUCUCCUCCUGCGACAGGGCAUACACAUGGAGGACCGAAUGUACCCCUGUCCCAGAGAUUCAGUGACAUGUCUCCAUAGCCACCGUCUCCUCCUGCGACAGGGCAUACACAUGGAGGACCGAAUGUACCCCUGUCCCAGAGAUUCAGUGACAUGUCUCCAUAGCCACCGUCUCCUCCUGCGACAGGGCAUACACAUGGAGGACAGAAUGUACCCCUGUCCCAGAGAUUCAGUGACAUGUCUCCAUAGCCACCGUCUCCUCCUGCGACAGGGCAUACACAUGGAGGACCGAAUGUACCCCUGUCCCAGAGAUUCAGUGACAUGUCUCCAUAGCCACCGUCUCCUCCUGCGACAGGGCAUACACAUGGAGGACCGAAUGUACCCCUGUCCCAGAGAUUCAGUGACAUGUCUCCAUAGCCACCGUCUCCUCCUGCGACAGGGCAUACACAUGGAGGACCGAAUGUACCCCUGUCCCAGAGAUUCAGUGACAUGUCUCCAUAGCCACCGUCUCCUCCUGCGACAGGGCAUACACAUGGAGGACCGAAUGUACCCCUGUCCCAGAGAUUCAGUGACAUGUCUCCAUAGCCACCGUCUCCUCCUGCGACAGGGCAUACACAUGGAGGACAGAAUGUACCCCUGUCCCAGAGAUUCAGUGACAUGUCUCCAUAGCCACCGUCUCCUCCUGCGACAGGGCAUACACAUGGAGGACCGAAUGUACCCCUGUCCCAGAGAUUCAGUGACAUGUCUCCAUAGCCACCGUCUCCUCCUGCGACAGGGCAUACACGUGGAGGACAGAAUGUACCCCUUUCCCAGAGAUUCAGUGACAUGUCUCCAUAGCCACCGUCUCCUCCUGCGACAGGGCAUACACGUGGAGGACAGAAUGUACCCCUGUCCCAGAGAUUCAGUGACAUGUCUCCAUAGCCACCGUCUCCUCCUGCGACAGGGCAUACACGUGGAGGACAGAAUGUACCCCUUUCCCAGAGAUUCAGUGACAUGUCUCCAUAGCCACCGUCUCCUCCUGCGACAGGGCAUACACGUGGAGGACAGAAUGUACCCCUUUCCCAGAGAUUCAGUGACAUGUCUCCAUAGCCACCGUCUCCUCCUGCGACAGGGCAUACACGUGGAGGACAGAAUGUACCCCUGUCCCAGAGAUUCAGUGACAUGUCUCCAUAGCCACCGUCUCCUCCUGCGACAGGGCAUACACAUGGAGGACCGAAUGUACCCCUGUCCCAGAGAUUCAGUGACAUGUCUCCAUAGCCACCGUCUCCUCCUGCGACAGGGCAUACACAUGGAGGUCCGAAUGUACCCCUGUCCCAUAGAUUCAGUGACAUGUCUCCAUAGCCACCGUCUCCUCCUGCGACAGGGCAUACACGUGGAGGGCCGAAUGUACCCCUGUCCCAGAGAUUCAGUGACAUGUCUCCAUAGCCACCGUCUCCUCCUGCGACAGGGCAUACACAUGGAGGACAGAAUGUACCCCUGUCCCAGAGAUUCAGUGACAUGUCUCCAUAGCCACCGUCUCCUCCUGCGACAGGGCAUACACAUGGAGGACCGAAUGUACCCCUGUCCCAGAGAUUCAGUGACAUGUCUCCAUAGCCACCGUCUCCUCCUGCGACAGGGCAUACACAUGGAGGACCGAAUGUACCCCUUUCCCAGAGAUUCAGUGACAUGUCUCCAUAGCCACCGUCUCCUCCUGCGACAGGGCAUACACAUGGAGGACCGAAUGUACCCCUUUCCCAGAGAUUCAGUGACAUGUCUCCAUAGCCACCGUCUCCUCCUGCGACAGGGCAUACACAUGGAGGACCGAAUGUACCCCUGUCCCAGAGAUUCAGUGACAUGUCUCCAUAGCCACCGUCUCCUCCUGCGACAGGGCAUACACAUGGAGGACAGAAUGUACCCCUGUCCCAGAGAUUCAGUGACAUGUCUCCAUAGCCACCGUCUCCUCCUGCGACAGGGCAUACACAUGGAGGACAGAAUGUACCCCUGUCCCAGAGAUUCAGUGACAUGUCUCCAUAGCCACCGUCUCCUCCUGCGACAGGGCAUACACAUGGAGGACCGAAUUGUUCAGUGA